AUGUCAAGCGCCACUGAGAGCGAGCUCACUGUGCAGCUCAAAGAAAUCGAACAGGUGCUCACGCUUGAUCCUGAAAAUGAGGAGCUGCUAUCUCUCAAGAAGGAGCUAGAAGACUUGAUUGCGCUCGAGACACAGCCAUCUGCUCUCUCACUGACAGACAAGAAGAAUGCCUCCCAGCGUACUCGAAAAGUGGGUGAGCUUGUCCUUGCCAAGUGGAUCACAGGCGAUCACCAAUACUACCUCGCCAAGAUUACGAGCAUCACGGGUAGUGCAGAGAAGCCUGUCUUUACAGUCAAGUUUACGGAGUAUAAUGAAGUACAGACACUUCAAGCGCAUCAACUGAAAGACGCCGAUGCCUUUUCACAGACAGCAUCUACCAGCAAGCGAAAGGUACCGCCACCUCCGCCACCUGCAGCUGGUCACACACCGAUAGUCCAACCCAUUGGUAUUCCUGCAGCUGAGCCUACCAAAAAGAAGGCAAAACCUGACCAAGCCCUUGAAUCAAGCAAGUCUUCAUGGCAAAGUUUCGCACAGGCCGGCCCGAAACGCAAGUCGGCUACAUUGCAGAGUACAAGUACCUUCAACAAGGUCAAGAAGGGAGGCAGCAUGUUUCGUACCUCCGAGGAUGGUCGUGUGGGUGUGAUGACGGGACCACAAGUGAGUCAGACUCUGCAGAGUAAUGUACGACGUGGCAGGCAUGUUUUUGAGCGAGAGGCGAGUGAGGAGGAUCGCUAUGAACGGAGCACUCGGCGGAGAAGUCGAAGUCGGUCGCCGCGCAAUGGAGAGCGAUACAGCAGACGAUCACGGAGCAGGAGCAGAAGCAGAAGUAGGAGCAGAAGCCGGGAUCGCGGACACAGAGACUGGCGUAGAUAG